AUGAGCACCCGACACGUACCUAGCAUUACGGAUAAACGCAUUAGCCUGCGUAUUAAAGUAUGGACAGUAACGGUAUUGUUCGUCACACUUGGUGCACGAGGGCAAGGACAGUGCCCGUGGAAGGAAACGCCAGCCUUGCAGGACACAUGCGUGUGCGCUUACAACUUAGCGAGACAACUGUCGGUGCAGUGUGAUCAGGUGGAUUUUCCAGCCCUACUAUUCGCUUUAAACUCCAGCGCACGUAAAAUCACUAUAGAUCUACUAUAUAUUAAUAAUUCCACUGUUACCGAACUAACGGACGAUUUGUUUAUAAAUCUCGCAAUACACAAUUUACAAAUAUCUAGUUGUAAAAUAAAGAGAAUUGGAGAAAAUGCUUUCAGAGGGCAGGGCCAAUUUUUGAAAAACCUCAAUCUUCAGGAUAACGAACUUACAGAGGUCCCAACAAAAGCUUUCGGAAUAUUGAAAAGUCUUUCACUCCUUGACAUAUCAAAGAAUCGGAUAACCUACAUUAAUGAUAACGCUUUCUUUACACUUCAAGAGUUAACUACAUUAAAAGUUUCGGACAAUAACGUGACAUUAGCGCCCUAUGCUUUAGCUGGAAUCGAAACUUCACUGAAAAAUCUUAAUCUAAAAGGCACUAAGCAAAAAACAGUACCAGAAUGUAUUCGGGGUCUUAAGAAUUUGGCGUUCCUUGAUCUAUCCCAGAAUGGAAUCCGAGAAUUGCCCGGCCCUGAUGGAAUUAAGAUCUUUGAAGGUCUAGAAUCAUUAACGGCAUUAAAUCUUGAGAGAAACUUGUUGGUUAAUUUAAGAAAGGACGCAUUUUUUGGUAUAAAAAACACGUUAAGCUCUCUCAGUCUUCUCAAUAAUCUAUUGCCGGAGUUUCCAACUGAAGCCAUAGCAACGUUGACAGAGUUACGAGUUUUAGAUAUCGGUUUCAACCUAUUAAACAAGUUGCCGACUGAUGCAUUUUUAAUGAAUCCGUUAAUAACUUUAUUGGCUCUAGAUGGUAACCCACUUCCAACUGUCCCAGAAAAGGCUUUAUCUCAUCUGAAUCAUACGUUACGAGGUCUCAGUUUAGGUGGGCGCUUUUUAAAUUGCGACUGCCGUCUAAGAUGGAUAAUCGAAUGGAUUCGUAACGGCGAACUUCAGGUUACAUCUCGCGAAAGAAAUCCUCAAUUUUGCGGCUAUCCUCCACACUUUCGUGAACGCGGAUUUUAUAGCUUUGAACCAAAUGAACUUAUUUGCGAUCAAGAUAUGGUAUCAUUUAUGGAUUCACAACCAACCACUACAAAAAAGGUUGCAGAACUCCGUACGACAACGUCAACAACAACCACGUCAACUACGACGCAAUCAACAAGUUCUGUACCGAUAAGCUCAACAACUGUUUCUUCUUUUAGUUACAUCAAAAACGAGACCUCUAGCGUACCAACAACAACACCAAGCACAACUACAAAAACUACUUCAAUACCAUCAUUAAGAACCGCAGCACCAUCCUGGCGCCACGCUCCCAAUCAAAGACCACCAUUAAUAAUGAAUUUUUCACAACAGAAACCAAAAAUAGACGAUUCAAAUGAAGUUAUCGUUAAGAAUGCAUACAGGCAGGAUAACUCUGUAAUUAUUCAGUGGGAUUCUGAUGUAGCCAAUAUUUUGGGAUUCCGCGUUGUAUAUAGAUUAUUUGGAGACAAAAGUUUUAAGCAAGGACCACCUCUAGAGGCGAGCGAAAGGGAAUUUAAAAUUAAAAAUGUUCCAUCGCAGGAAUGUAUCGUCGUUUGCGUCAUUUCCUUGGAGGAAGUACACGUCAGUCCAGAGACGGUACCAUAUUCGCAAUGCAGAGAAGUUCGCACAGUGUCCGCUGCAGCUACCAAUAUGGACAAAAUUACUAUAGCAGCUAGUGCUGCUAUAUGCGGGACUAUCGUGGUAGCAGUACUUAUUUUCGCGGCUGCAUCACGUAGAAGAUCAAGAACAAUUCAUCGCCUACACACUCAUCCACCAGAGAAAAUGCCCAAUCCUUGCUGUGGGGGUCUUACCGGUACACCAAGUCCCAAUGGUCCACUAUCUUCGUUGACAACAAUUGGGGCGUUUGGAAAACAGCGUGAGUGGGACCAAGUAUCGGCUUAUAGUGCACGAUCUAUUCCGCGUGCACGCUCUUUCACUGAACCAGCUGUUCCAGAGCCUUUACAAGGCCGACCAGGACGGGCGCGGUCACUGGCAGAUGGUCAAUCACAACAUAGUUAUUCACAGUCUGCUCGCUACGGCCCGCCUGGAUAUCCUGCAAGCAUGUUAGGAUCGAGAACCGACCUUCGGCAGUCACGCCAGUCGUUAGGAGGGGCGUCAGAAAGAGCAUCACGUCUGUCAUUAAGCGGCGCUGCUGGCGGGGCUACGAGUGGCACGGCUGGGUCUAGAAGGAGACCUAGAUCGCGAUCACGACCCGCCAGUCGAUAUAGCGUAGGUUCUCUCGGCUUAGGCUACUGUGAUACGUCUGACAACUGGACCGAUCAUGACAUGGACAUUUAUAUGGCACGAAAUCCUACAACGCGGGGCGGCCUCGUGCCAUUAUAG